GCACAGAAACACCAAACGUUAUUUCACAACUUAAAAAGGAGUUUGCAAAGAGGAUGAUUUCUCUAAAGCUGAUAGUGUUUUUGGUUUUUGUGUAUGUGGCAGAUACACAAACAACCACAGAAAGUGAAACUGUUGUGGAGCUCAAGAGCCGAAUUGAAGCCUUACAGAGGGAAUUGGAUGCCAUUAAACAGCACCUGAAGACUGCUGUGGCAUUCUCCGCCACUCUACAGACUCAGAAACCACAUGAAUUUCUUGGACCUUUCAACGAAAAUCAAAAACUAAAAUAUGAAAAUGUCAUUACUAAUGUCGGAAAUGCCUACAAUCCAAACACAGGCAUUUUCACAGUGCCGGUGAAAGGGAUCUACUUUUUCACCUUUGUCCUUUUUAACCCAAUCGGCAACAACCACCCAACCGGUGGACAGUUGAUGAAGAAUACGGAAAUGGUGGUCUCAGCUACUGAUAAUAUACCCGGAACAGACACAGAGGACACAACAUCUAACUCUGUCACUCUCGACUUGGAAGUGUCAGACACGGUGUACAUACAGAUGGAAAGUGGCAGGGCUAUCUACACAGACGGGAAUAGGCGCAACACUUUCAGCGGCCACCUCAUACAUACAAGUGAAUAAGAGGGGUGAAAUGAAGUGAAAUAAACUGACUAAACUGGCUUCCAUAA